UUACAAGAAAAAAUAUACUUGUAAUGACAAAAACUUCAGUAAAUAGAAAAUACAAUUAAUCAACCAAUCAAGUUUACCUGUAUAUCACAUUUUGGCAACAAAGCAGUUAAGUUGCUCUGUUAAAAAGCUAUACAAACAACAUAUGGUCACCAAUUGAAAAACCAGUAACAAAUAUAAAAUUUUGCCGACUGCCAUCAUCAAAAUCAUCAACAAACAUCAAAUAUGUUGGUCAGUGUUACAUUUAUUAAGGUUGAAAAGCAAAUCUAAACAACACUACAAGUGACGUCACACUUCAAGAAGCUUUGUAGCUGACAGCCAUCUUGGUAGGUACCAUAACUCACUGUCAUGGCAGUUGCUAACAUGUUAUUUUUGCCCAGUCUUUCUUUCUUAAUACAUUAAAUAGAAUAGAAUAAAUAACCCCGAACAGACUACAGAUCAAUGGUUCCCAUUAGGUAGCUGAUGGCAGAUAACAGUUGUAACACAGUUGACAUUAAUUUUAACAGUUUAAAAAAAAAAAUAGCAAAAUUAAACAUGAAACUCUGCAUACAAUUAAAUGUGUCUGAAAUGUACUGUACUUAAAAAUAUAAUACUGCUCACGUGAAAACAGACGCAGUUUCAAACGGCAUCAGAAAACAGGGGGAGGAGCUGUCGGUUGCUACGGUAACCACCAACUGCCAAAAGCAGCGUAGGAGCCUGUACGGCAAUAAAAGUCAGGAGAAAAUAACAGCAAAAAUCAAUUUGAAGAGUAAAUAAACCCAAUUUGGACAGACUUCACAUCUAUAAUAACGUUUUUAAAUAAAACCCUGUUACACAUGGAUGGGUCUCCACAUAAGGAGCUAAUAAAGUUGCUUUAUUUAAAGUCAGAGUAAGUGGAGCUGCUUCGCUGUGCUGGAGGAGAAGACCAAAGUUCAACAGCCUGCAGACAUUCACAGAGUACCGAGUAGAGAAAUUAAAGGGUAGUGGCUAAUUCCCCUUCUGCAUUGUGUAAGAGCACUUCCAGUCAGCAAGUGCUGCAGUUUAGACCCCAAAAUAAACUGCUACACGCCUCAAAGCAGAAGUAAAGCCUUCACACUUUCUCUCAUUAACACUUAAUUGAUAUGCUUAUGACACUUAUCCAAAAGAAAGUAAAAUAAUCUACAUUUGGAAGAAAACAGAGUAUGUCAGAAAGGCAUCAGUCCAAGUGGUGUCGAUACACCAACCCAACAGCAGGUGGCAGUGUGAUUCCCACACCACAUGAAUGCAGUUUGAGUUUAUCCAGCCCAGAAGGUUUUUUUUUACCAACAGUUAUAAUGUUAGACACUGUUAGUACUUGUCUGUGAUCACUUGGAUGCCUUGCUAGACCUUUUGUUUUCUAACUUCUUGCUUUCUCCUGACUUCUUGCGACACAACAUGAGCCAACAUUCAACGGAGAAAUGUCACCAUCGAGUCUGCUCAUUUUUAACCGACUGCAAGUCAUUAGCCGCAGUAGUGCUUUCAGAUUACACCACAAAGCCAUGGUCAGAGCAGCCUCUAUCAAAAUGCACAUCACUGGAGAACUAGCCUGUGCAUGAGAACUGGACGCUGUCUUCAUCUCUGUCUUAAAUACUCUGAGGCGGUUGUGUUGGAUGUCCUUUUCAGUUUCCCUCUCAUUCUGAUACACCUUCACACGUUCUGUUCGUUGAGUCAACAUAAUAUUUAUAUUAUGAAUCUAUAUUUCUUGUUUCUAGAAUUGGGGCUUCCAUCCCUCCGUUUCAGGCAGAAAGAAAUUACAAUUUUGAAAAAAGUAUUCUCUGGUUUUGUAUUCUGUGCAGUUGGACGCAUGCUUGCUUUCACUUUUUACUACUCUGCUGACUUGUUGCGAUGUGUAACCAUAGCAACGGGGUGGUUUACAACAGGGAGGAGGUGACUAACGUCGAGCAAAAGCUGAAAUAAUGCCACCACUGGAGCCACAAAAUCCCAGAGGAGCUGAAGAGGAAGAGUCAUCUCUUCCAUCCAUCAUAACGGGCAACAUGAGAUCGUUAGCUAGCAAGAUGGAUGAACUCCAAGCCCUGACAAGAACUCAGCAAGAAUAUAGAGAAUUCAGUGUAACUUGCUUCACUGAGACAGAAUCGCAUCCCCUACUCCAGCAUCCCUCUGUAAGUUAUUUACCAACAGAGCUCAGCAGUAUUAUUUUGGCAGCUGUUUACAUCCCACCCUCAGAUAAUGCACGUGAUGUCGUCUGUUGCUAAGCUACAGACACAGCAUCUCAAUGCAUUUGUGGUGAUAUCUGGUGAUUUUGAUCAUAACCCACUCUCUGCUACACUGCCAACGUUUCAUCAGUUUGUGAGCUGAUUUACCAGAGAGUUUGAUUUAUGAAAAUAUCACGGAUUCAUAGAUCUCCAAAGCAAGAUCUCCUCAGGCAAAAUCUCUGCUCAGAAAGUAAACACCUUGUUCAGAGGCAAUCUGCAACAAAAAGAACUGCGAGAAAGAGUUCACAGGAAGCUGAAGGAGCCCUGCAGUUUUGUUGUGAGGCCACGGACUGGAUCGCUCUUUGCCAGCCACACAGAGAGCACAUUAAUGCCUCCCUAAUAACAAACCCUGGAUCAUCAGUGAGCUAAACAAGGAACUGUUAAACGAGAAAGAAAGAGUGAGACAGAGAGGAGUAAACAGGAGGUGCUCAAAGUCAAGAAAGGAGAAGUACGGGAAGAAGCUGCAGGAUAAACUACAGAGAACCGGACGGUCAGGGAUGAAGGAGAUCUUCGAGCAAACGAGCUGUAAACAUUCUUCACUAAGUUCAGUUCAGGAACGAGCUCAUCAUCCUCCUCUUCCUCUCCCAGCCAAACAGACAUCUUACCCUCCUGCGACCCUCAGCUUUCCUGUCAAACCUCAGACGUUUUUAUCUUCUGCCUCAGGAGAUGCUGCUGCUGCCUUUGCCCUGAAGUCCUGAAGGACCUUGUAAAUGAUCAUUUGUUAGAUUAGUCUGCAUUUGAGUUCUUUCUUUACACCAUAACUGAAUUAAUUUAUCACACAUUUUCAUCUAUAGUAACUUCCGGAUGCUAAAAUAUAUUCAGUCAUUGAUGCAAAUAAGUGGUAGAGGUAUCAAAGAUGCACUUCUUUGGAAAUUCACAACUAAACCAGGAAACUACACAGCUCAAGUUAUGCAGCUGAAAUAUCAACUUUCCACCCCUUUUAAAUAGAUUUUAAUCAUUGUAUUUGAUCUUCUAUAAACCAGACAUUUGUGGGUUUGGGUGCAUUUUGUCACAUAGAAAGCAAAACUCAAAAACAACCAAAUCAACACCCAUAUUGCUCCUCUUUGGUGUAUAGACAUUAGUUUCUGCAUCGGAAAUAUCACCACCGAGAGAACAAAUUAUGACUAUAACAGUGCUGACGCUGAAAGAGGCCUUCAGGCCUAAAUGGAUGCAGCUGAGUCUGAAUUUGGUCCUACGUGCAAUGAAUUUAAAAUUAAAUCAAAGAACGUGUUUAUUAAAAGGCUAAUGCUUUGUGUUGCACCUAGCAUUUAGGAUUAUGAUAACAUUUUUAUUUAGCAGUCAAAAUCUCACCCAAGUCCUUUUUUAAAUCUUUCCAUCUGCAUUAACCGUCUGUGCAGCUGAGACACAUUUGUACCAUUCUUGACUUGCAGGCUGAGUAGCUGCCAGCCAGACUCUAGCUGUUAAAGUCACUCUGGUUAGCUUUUAGCCUAAAUUUGAUUAGCUGUUAGCUUGACCCUUAUUUACUGUAAACUUCACUCUGAUUAGCUGCUAGCCUGACUUUUAUUAUCAGUUAACCUGACAUAAUCUGACUCUGAUUAGCUGUUAGCUUGAUUCUGAUUUACUGUAAACUUCACUCUGGUUAAUGUUUCUCUUAGGAUGUGCCUGAAGAGUCUUUUAAAAUAUACUUUUGUCAAAUACAGUGGUAUUGCUAUCAGUUGAAAUACAAAUAAAUGUUUAAUCUUAACUGAUUUUAAAAAAAAAAUCACAUUACUCCAUAUGUACACACAUGGAGCAACAUGGGAUUUAGUGUUUUCCAAGGAUAAUCAAACUACUGUUCCCAACCAAGCUACAGUUGCCAAGUUUACUUUUAGUAAUGUACUGAUUGCUACGAGCUACUCCAAGUUUCGAAACAAAACCUUACAAAAACUGUUAAACCAUAACUUAAAGGGUAAAAAGCAGAAGUGCACUGAGAAGUGCUCCUGUGAGAAAGUGGUGACCCAGUCCAGUCCCUGUGGAGCUCCCAUUCAGCAACUUAUAGACAAAUCAAAUACUGAAUUCAUUCCUUAGCAUGUCAAUCAGCUCCUGAGAAACCCUGCUGUAAAUUUUAAAAGCAGUCAGGUAAUGACCGAACGUAAAUAUGCCAAAUUAGCAAGAAAAAGGCAGCAAAGAUGCUUAAACCAUAACGGCUUGGUGAAUCAAAAACAUGCAAACAUUACAUGCAAACCAGAAACCUGAGCUACUCAUCAGCUCUUCAGCAGAAACUUUGCAUUCUUGCAAAUACACGACUCAAGUAACACCUUCAGUGAUGCAUCAGCACUCAGGUUGAUAAACAAAUUUCUGUGGUUGAAUAUUUUCUGACAUCAGCAUUAUUGUAGCGUUGCUUGUCUCCAGUAGUAGAAGAACAACACAUUGCCUUAAUUCUGUUUUCACCAGUUCAGAACUGGAACGUGUUUGGUGGGAAAGCAACCCAUUCGUUUUCUGCACAUGUCCAUGCAAUCAGUUUUUAAACAAACCCUGGACUUUUGCACAGAAAGGGUCUAGAGUAUAUGAAGUAAACGUUUGAGCAACUUCAUAAAAGAGAACAAAACCCUGAGAUCAGUAUCAACAGGAAGUGGAAUUAGUGUGAAGCAUAUUCUUAAAAAUACUUUGAGUUUCUUCUUACACCCAUCGUGGUUCAGCUCGAACAGUAGUUUCUUCUUAAAUGUCUUUAACUCUUCUGUGACGAUUUUGUUCCUCUUGAGGUUUUUAGACUUCCUAUUGCUUUACUUAAAUACACCCCCUGCGAGUGUCAGUAGCUGCAUCACUCUGCAGCAGGUGCUGCAGCACGCACAGCUCACCGAGUUCUUGGAAAUUCCAAGCAAUCUCUUCCUUCCAAGAUGGAUGUGACCUGCCUUUCUCCCAACAACUCUUCUAUGCAAACCCAAACAUGUUUCGCACAAAACCUGACCUCAAUGAACAUUUUUAACGCCUCUUUCAUUGGAAUCGUGUCUGUCAUCGGCAUAUUGGAGAACCUUCUGAUCCUGGCAGUCGUGGGCUUCCGUGUGAAUCGCUCCAUCAUCAGCAUCUGGAUACUGAACUUGGCAGCGUCGGACCUCCUGGCCACAUUUACCUUGCCCUUCUACACUCUCUACCAUGCCAGCGGAACCAGCUGGAUCCUGGGUUCGACCUUCUGCAGCAUUUAUUCCUCCGUCUUCUUCUUCAACAUGUUUGUCAGCGCCUUCCUGCUGGCUGCCAUUUCUCUGGAUCGCUGCCUGGUGGUGGUGCGACCCGUCUGGGCUCAGAACUACCGAAGCAUACAGCUGGUGGGGAAGGUUUGUUGUGUGCUUUGGGCCUUAGCUGUACUCCUCACUAUCCCUUUCUUUAUGUUCCGUGACGUCAUUCCCCUUGGAAAAGGCAAGUGUCUGUGCUACUACGAUUAUACCAGCUAUCUCCCAAGUGAACCCUUUGACCUUACAUCUCUAUGUAGGCAGCGCAAAGUGGGUUUGGCUUUUAUGAAGCUCUUUUUUGCCUUCCUGAUUCCUCUCACAGUCAUCAUUCUCAGCUACGUCGCUGUGAAUUCCAGCUUAGCACAAAGAGGUUGUCGCAGACCUUUCCGAUUUGUUCGACUCGUGAUAGCCGUGGUGGUGACCUUUGUCCUCUGCUGGGCUCCGUACCACCUUUUCAUUAUCAUAGAAGUGAUGGCUCCCAAAGGCAGUUCUGCACAGAAAGUGGCAACCAAAGUCCUUCCGAUAUCAGCAACGAUUGGCUUCCUCAACAGUGUCCUCAACCCCAUCCUGUACGUCUUCAGCUGCCCUGACUUGUGUCGUAAAAUCAAACAUUCCCUUGGAGCGGUCAUGGAGAGUGUCCUUGCCGAGGAUCUGGCCGAGUUGGCACGGCGUCGCAGCACCGUUCGCAGCUCCAUCAGCAACUCUGAAUAUUCCAUGAAGAAGAAAUACUCAGUUUCUACGUCAAGUCCAAAAGACGGCGAUUCAGGACAGGCGGAAAGUCUCAGCACCUCGGCUGAGAUCUGAAAUGUGAAUUUUUAAAGAUGAAAAGAAGAAACCACUCAAACUAGGCAACAUACUGCACCAGUGUUUUCCAAUUUUUGUGUUUUCGUUGUUUUCUCAACAUCUGUUUCAGAAAACAACGAUCUAUGACGGACUUGUCAUCUUUCAGUCGUUAAAGUUUCUUUCAACAAGCCAGACUUUCUUGGAAUCUCUUAGAUCUUAAACCAGCAAGAUCUUUCUUUAGACUGGCUGCUUUUUCACCCAUCUUUAGCUCAGUUUCUUGUAAUUUUCCUCAGAAAUGUUGACUGUAAUGCCUCUUAACUAUGAAUCAAGGCACUGAAACUCAAGGAUCAGCCCUGUCGUUUCAACAAAUGAAACGACUUCAAAAUGAACCAACAGGUAUUCUACGUUUUAUGAUUCUAAGGGAGAGUUCAGACACCCUGCAGAGAAAAAUUAUUUUGGACGCUUGUGUCUGUAUUUCGUUCUGUAAGUCUCGACCAAGAUCUCGUGACCAUUGAUGAGGACGUAGAUUAACCUGUAAACUUCACAACGCCACACCAAUCCACCUAUUCGUCUUCUGCUCUGUUCCCUUAUACUGAUUCUUGUAUAAUGAUUUGUAAUAUGUUAGUGACAAAAAAAAACAAAAAAACAAUACAAAAAUAAUUUUUUGAAUGACUAAUACUGCUUGUGAUAUUUUAAACAUUUUAAUUGUUAUAGAUGAGUGGAGUUUCUUACUUUUGUACUUUUUAUUGUUAAAAGAAAAAAAAAUAUUUUUGAUACUUAAUGGUUCCUCCAAUCUUGUACAGGAUGUACUUACAUCUUUCAUUAUUAUUGUACUGAAGAGAAACAAGUAUCAUGCCAUUUCCUCAUUUUGUUUUGAAUGUUUAUUAUUCAUGGUUUGCUGAGUCAAAACGACCAUGUGGUUUUUUUUUUUAGUGUAGGUGUCUCGUUAUAGAUCUUAUCAUUGAUUGCAGGUGCUUAUGCAAUUGAUUUAUUUUCCAGGAAGUUUCUCUCAAAUGCAUUGACUUUUUGUAAUGCAUGACUCAGAAUCUGCUUAUAAAUCUGCAUCAUUUUGUAUUCAUGUAUGUUUUUUACCAUUAAAAAGAAAAUGUAAAAAUAUAUGCUGUAAAAAAAAUUAAAAAAAGAGGAAAACA